UUGUUCUUGAACGCGCCCCGGUUACAUUUUCAAGAAACACAGCCGGGUGACGUCACGUAGGAAAGUACGGAUGAUCACGGUGCUGCUGCAUUGACCCGAAAACAACCGACACCACGAAGUUAUACCGGAAUACGGCUCAUGACACUUUAAUAGAAACGCAAACUUGAGUGGCAACAACAAUGGAGAAACCUCCCUUCAGGCAGAACCAGAACUGUGGAGACUGGGAGCUGAAAGAGAGACUGGGAAUGGGCGGGUUUGCCCAUGUUUACCUCUACCAACAUCACGAAACAGUUGAAAAACUAGCUGUGAAAAUGUGCCGUCUGGAGCUCACACCAAGGAAUAAGGACAGAUGGAGCAGAGAAAUCCAGAUCAUGAAAAAGUUGAAUCACAUCAAUGUCGUGACAGCCCGAGAUGUCCCGGAGGAAAUGAGGCACAUAGCCUUAAAUGAUCUUCCGCUGUUGGCCAUGGAGUACUGCUCCAGGGGAGACCUGAGGAAGAUGCUGAGCAAACCUGAAAACUGCUGCGGUUUGAAAGAAAGUGAAGUGCUUUCAUUACUCAAUGAUGUUGGAUCUGGUAUCCAGUAUCUGCACGAAAACAAGAUCAUACACAGAGACCUUAAACCUGAAAACAUAGUGCUGCAAGAUAUUAACGGAAAGCUGGUUCACAAAAUCAUUGACCUGGGCUAUGCUAAAGACCUGGACCAGGGCAGUCUGUGUACCUCCUUCGUUGGCACGCUUCAGUACCUGGCACCUGAACUGUUUGAGAAUAAGGCAUACACUGUUACUGUGGACUACUGGAGCUUUGGCACAAUGGUAUUUGAAUGCAGUUGUGGUUUCCGUCCCUUUCUGCACAACCUGCAACCUGUGCAGUGGGCCAGCAAAGUGAGGAAUAAAGGUCCAAAAGACAUCAUGGCUGUAGAGGAGCAGAACGGGGAAGUCAGGUUCUCCACACACCUCCCCUACCCCAACAAUCUCAGCAGGACGCUGUUGGAGCCAAUGGAAGCUCUGCUGCAGCUGAUGUUAAAGUGGGACCCUGUCCAGAGAGGAGGCAAAGUCAACUCCGACACCAAGAAGCCCAUGUGCUUUGAAAAGCUGGAGCAGAUACUGAGUAUGAAGGUCGUCCACAUCCUGAACAUGACCACAGCUCAGGUCCACUCUUUCCAGCUGACUCCGGAGGAAAGUCUCCACAGUCUGCAGAAGCGCAUCGAGGCCGAGACCAACAUCGAAGUGAUGAACCAGGAGCUGCUGCAGGAGACGGGAGUGUCACUGGAUCCCAGGAAGCACGCUGCGCAGUGUGUCCUAGAUGGUGUGAGAGGGUGGGAUAGCUACAUCGUCUACCUGUUUGACAAGAGCAUCACCAAGUACUCUGGUCCCCUCAGUGCCAGACAGCUGCCCGAUAAAGUCAACACUAUAGUUCAAGAGGCCAAGACACAGCUGCCCCUGGUGGUGUUGAAGAAGGUCUGGGGUGAAGCAGUGAGCUACAUCUGUGGGCUGAAGGAUGACUACAGCAGGCUAUUCCAAGGACAGAGGGCUGCUAUGUUGAGUCUCCUGCGCUACAACACCAACCUGACCAGGUGUAAGAACAGCAUGUUUGGCUUCUCUCAGCAGCUGAAGGCCAAGCUGGACUUCUUCAAGAGCAGCAUCCAGUACGACCUGGAAAAAUACAGCGAUCAGAUGCACUAUGGCAUAUCCUCUGAAAAGAUGCUGAAGGCCUGGCAAGAGAACGAAGAACGAGCUGCUGCUUUUGCACAGGUGGCAGAGGUGAGCCAUCUGGAUGAUGAGAUCAUGGCUCUGCACUCGGAGAUAGUGGAACUUCAGAGGAGCCCGUAUGCUCGACGCCAAGGAGACAAGAUGGAGCAGCUAGAAGAAAAAGCGAUUGAGCUCUACAAGCAACUGAAGAUGAAAUGCAAAACACCUGAGCCAGAUGUGAGCAGUGACAGCUCUGAGAUGGUGAAGGCCAUUAUUCAGACCGUCCAGAACCAAGACAAGGUCCUAAAAGACCUGUACACCCACCUCAGCAAGAUCCUGAUCAGCAAACAAAAGAUCAUUGACUUGUUUCCACGAAUUGAGAAAACCUUGGAGAGCAUCAAGGAUGCUGACAACACAGUGAUGCAGAUGCAGAUCAAGAGACAAAGAGAGUUCUGGCAUUUACUGAAGAUCGCCUGUGCUCAAAACUCAACACGAAACUCAAUAGCAGCCAGUCCCGAGUCGUCCAACCUGCUGCAGGUUUCUCCGUGGUCACAGUCGGCACAACCCGUCAGCUCCCCACAUCCCCUAACCUCCCUACCUGGGCCCAAUGACAGUGACGCUGCUCCGCGUCUGCUGCAGGAGAACCAGAAGUACCUCAGUCAGCUGACCAGCCUGAUGCAGGAAGCUGCUGAUGAACAGGCCAAAAGCAUAGUGGACCAAGACUGGAGCUGGACGAAAUACGAAACCCUAACAACCAAAUUAAAAAAGAGAAAUGCGUGAGCGUUUUGUGGCGUCCUUCCAUCCCUGCCUGUGCUCCGAGUAACACUAAAGACUGUAAGCGGCUAACACAAGCAGAGUGGCGUCAAACGUUGUACAGUUGUACAAGGACUCGGGAUAUUCUCUUAAAAAAUGGCUCUCAUGGCGGAGUUCAACACAUGCUCAGUGGUGUCUGCCCGCUCCAGCCUGAUGAACAAUGAAGCUGUGUCACUCUACUUUUUUUGUCCUUUUGCUGCACAAUAUACAUCGUGAUUCAUAAAAACUGAUGAUAUUAAUUUUCACUGUUGUUGCAAAAUUGAGCAAACUGUAGCACCAGAUUUUAGGGUGUGGAAGGUGGAUUUAUCGCACGAGAGUGUUGGACAGAAAUAUGGGAACGAGUUCAACCGUGAGACAUACAAGGAAAACGCAGGAAGUGGUUGGGGGGGGGGAGGUGGGGGGUGGGGGCUCGAGGAGGAAAUUACAAUCAAGCAAACGGCACUUUGAUACUCCCAUGUAUCCUCCGUAACGAGAUGAGACGAUCCAGGCUGCCAAAAACUGUCGCUGAACUCACAGAUUCACAAACAGUUAUUUAACUCCUAUUGUCAUAUUCUCAUAAUCGAUUUGAUAUAUUUUACUAUACAUAGUCUGGGGGGUUAGAUUCUAUGUAAAUGUUUUGGUUUUUGAAGUUUUCUCGUUUAUUAAAGUGUUAUGUAUGAUAGGCAGAAGUCUUUUGUCGUGAUAUCUGUGACAGACGUGGCUGGCCCUCAUGUUUAUACAAUGUCUAUACUGUCUUUUAAAUUGUCUGCCAGAUACAAAGAG